AUGGAACGGUACAACUCGAUGGUGUCGGACGGCUCGCGGGCAUCGCGGAGCUCGGCUGGCGGAGGCUGGCUGGCUCAGUUUGCCUCGUGGUCGGCGAGGCGCAAGGCUGCGUUGCUGACUCAGCUGUUGGAGGACGACGACCAGGCGUACGACGUGGUCCACGCCAUGCUUGCGCCCGACAUCGAGGCGCGGGUGCGGUCGUCGAUGCCGCCGCCGCUGCUGGUGAAUCCCAAGCCAGAGGAUGGGUUAGACGAGGCGCAGGCCGAGCUGAUCCGCGUCCAGCGCGCCCUGCGCCGCACCGAGGCCAAGACCGAGAGCUCCAGCAAGGAGCUGGCCGCGGUCGAGGCCGAUUUGGAAGACGCUAAGGCCCGCCUGGACGAAGUUCGUGAACAGAUUGCCUCGGCCGAGUCCCAGCUCGAGGAGGAUAUCGAGAAGCUGGCCGAGACCCAGGCCCGAGUCGAGAUGGCCACCCAGGAGCUGCAGGAACUCGACGCCCUCAUUCUUGCGUCGGCAGUCGAGUUGGAGGCUGCCGAUGAGGCCGUUGACGAGGCUGCGCGCUCGAUUGCAGCUGCAGAGUCUAUGGCUAGCACCCGCAGAGGCAAGGGCAAGGACAAGGGAAAGAGCAAGAGCAAGAGCAAGGACAAGGACAAGGGUAAGGGCAAGGACAAAGACCAAGACCGCCGCGACGACGAAAAUCGCGCCCGCGCCGAGCAAGAGUACGCGCUUAUGCUGCUGCAGGAGGAGGAGCGCCGCGCCGCCAAGGCCAGGGCCAAGGCCAAGGCCAAGGACAAGUCCAAGGCAAAGGACAAGGCCAAGGCCAAGGGCAAGGCCAAGGACGUGUCGAUGGAGUCGUUUUCUCUCUCGCUCUCGUCCGGCGGCGACGGAGCAAGCAACAAGACACAGUCCAAGAGUCAGGAAAAGCGCAAGGGAAAGCGCAAUCUACCAAAGUCGCCUCGCAAUGCCGACUCGCCGCGGCGACCGGCAGGUGCUGUCGGAUUCAACAUGGGCGUCAUUGUGACACGCGAGUCGACGACCCGCCCGGGCGUGGUCGUCAACCAAGUGCUGCCGCGCUCGGGCCUCGGUGCAGCCGGCGUUGUUCCUGGUGACCGGCUAGUGAGUGUCAACGGCUUCAGCAUCAUGUCCAAGGCCGAUCUGGUGGUGGCAGCCAAGAAUGCAUCGCGAUCGGGCGAGCCGUUCCCAGUCACCCUCGUCCGGACCCAUGACCGCAUGACCGUCGAGGUGGUGCCGGCCGGCCCGCGUUCCUCGCCCAAGCGGCCGUCGCAAGAGCCGCGGCCGCGGAUUAGCGAGCUGCUGGCGACGUCGUCGCGUGAGGCCCGACCCGGUCUCGGCAUCGUCAUCAAGGAGUCGACCUCGCGCGGCGGCCUGUACGUCUCGCAAAUCUCGCCGGGCUCACCAUAUGAGCUUGCUGGCGGCAGGCGAAAGGAUGUCAUUAUGGCUGUUGGAACCCGGUCGGUGCGGACAAAGCAGGCGGUGGCCGACGCCUUGCGCCACGCCGGCGCCUCGGUUCUCACCCUCCGGGUCAAGCGCGGCAGCGAGGUCAAGGUCCUCUUCCCGGACCUGCGCACCAGCGACCAGAUUCUUGGACUUCUGGGCACUGGCGCGACGCGCGACGAGCUCGAGGAUGCCGACGACGAGUCGCCGCUCACUGAUGAGCAGAUCAAAGAGGUCGAGGCGCACCAGCGGAAGCUUGCCUUUAUGCGCUCGUGGUCCAAGGCCAACGGUGUGGUCCUCUCCACCGCACCAGCGGUUGGCGACUCGGGCGUCCUCGUCACCCGGGUUGUGCCCGGCUCGGUCUUUGAUAGUGCAGGCGUUGUGGCCGACGAUCGCAUCGUGGCGGUCAAUGACACGCCGGUGACCUCGGACGCCCGAGUCGCCCGCGCCAUCGACGCCGCCCGUCAUGAAGCGCCCGACCUGGCCAUCGAGCUUGUCAUCCGCUCACACCAUUCGCCCGAACAACACUCGGUGUGGCUGACCCAGCUUCCCCAGCCCGGCUCGACGGCGGUUCGAAGCGGUGAGACGUCGCUGGACAUCGACACAACAGUUCUUGCGACUGGCCCGACCCCGCGCAGCCGGGUCGAGCGCUGCGCUGUAUGCGGGACGCGGGCUACUCACGACUCGCCGCUUUCGCUCUGCGGAGGCUGCCAGUCGGUGGCGUACUGCUCGCGCGACUGCCAGCUCACCCACUGGCCUGAACACAAGCGCGAGUGCGCCCGGAUGCACGUGGCAUCGACUGCAACCGCACCCGUCGCCAGCCCACCCACUGCCAACGAGAGCGACCAGUCCGACAGCGUCGGCGCGGCCGUGACCGAGAGCGAGUCGGAUCCGGUCCUUGCCAACGAGCCACAGCCAACGCCGCGUCGCCGACGCAACCACCGCCGCGGCGGCGACACCUCGGGCCACCGCUCGAGCGGUCGCCGCAACCACCGCCGGCGUGAGCAUCGAGACGCGCCCUCGUCGCACAGCGCUGCCGCCAUUACUGCCUCGGCCUCGGCCACCACCAACGACUCGGACCGCACGCUAGACGAUUCCCGCAACACUGUUGUCGACGUUCAUGCAGAUGGCGAGUUCUCGCCGGCCAGCCCCACCAUCGCCGUCACCUCACUCUCCCACGACACGCUCAAUGCCGGCGGCUCGGACGGCUCAAACGGUUCGGACGACGAUGACGAGUACGUUGUCCACACAUCAGCCUCGCUUCCACGCCAACGCUCCAGCACUUCGCGCAUCAGCGAUGGCGAGUAUGCCGAGUAUUGAACGCCGCCCAGCCA